AUGGCGCAGGAGAGCCUGAGGCUGGUGUGCCCGCCGGUGUCGGCGCACGAGGGGCGGCUGCCGCGGCAGUACACGCUGGAGGGGCAGGGCGCGAAGAAGGACAUCUCGCCGCCGCUGGAGUGGUACGGGGUGCCCGACGGCACGCGGUCGCUGGCGGUGGUGGUGCAGGACGUGGACGCGGACGAGCGGGUGCCCUGGACGCACUGGGUGGUCGUCAACAUCUCGCCCGAGGAGAAGGGCCUGCCCGAGGGCUUCUCCGGCGCCGGGGGCAACGCCAACGCCGGCGGGGGCGACGGCGGCGUCCAGGAGGGGGUCAACGACUGGAAGCAGCCCGGGUGGCGCGGCCCCGUCCCCGACUCCCACGGCCACCGCAUCCAGUUCCGUCUCUACGCGCUCGACGACCUGCUCAGCCUCGGCAACAAGGUGACAGUGGACAAGGUCAUGGAGGCCAUCGAGGGGCACGUGCUGGGGGAGGCCGAGAUCACGCCGUCUUCUAAGGAGUACGGUGGAUUUUGA